UGUUCCCGCCGCCCCCCACCCUCCCCUACCCCGCAGCCCCGACCGCCCGGGUGCUCCUCGCCGGCCUCCCCCGGCGGCCCGCGGCCAGGCAGAGGCGGGAAAGCCGCGCGCCUGCGCCGUGGGAACCGAGGCCGGAGGCGAAAAGCGGGGAGCGGAGGGGGGCCGUUGGAGCCGAGUAGCAGCGUACAGGGCGGCGUGUGACGCGGGGACGCCGCGCGCUCCCAACGUCGCCCCGGUUUGACGCACACGGCACCAAACUGCUAAGAUGGCGGCGGCGGCCGAGGAGGCGGAGUUGCUGCUGCACAAGGAGCCCGGGCCGCGGGGUCCGGGAGGCGGCGGCCGCGGGGGGCCGCGGAACCUUAGGUCUGAUUCCCUGGCCUUUGUGUCCCUGGGAGCUUAAUCUCUGCCCGAGGAAAGCAGGUGUUGCUCCAUCCACCUCUCCCGAGAACGUGAAGAUGAGUUGUCCCAGACCCUUCCCCGGGAUUGGAGACUCUCGUGUUGGGAUCCAUCCAUGGUUUAGCGACAUUAGUGGAAAAGUUUUCUUCAACUGUUAAAUUCUGUCAGGAUCCUAUUCCCAGAAGCAAGAUUGGAAAAUUCAUCCCUUUACAGCAAGCUGGUGUGAGAAAGGAAAAACAAAAGCUCAGUUGAUAACAGAAGAAGACCCAGGAUUGAUUUAAUUUUGGAUGAGAUUAUUCUUGCAUCGAAAUGUUAAUAAGCCAAAAUUUAGACUAAAUGUGUUAAGUGAUCUUGCCAACAAUAUGGAUGAUUUGAAGAUAAACACCGAUGUCCAUGGUGCUAAAGAAGAACUCCAAGAUGACAGCAGUUUUAUCUCAGAGAAAGACAGUGGAGUUCAUAAACCAAAAGACUGUCAGACAUCAUUUCAGAGAAACAAUUCAUUGACUCUGUCUGAAGAAUCAUCAGAGGAUAAAUCAGAAAAAGCCUUAAGUGGAGGCCAGUCUGCUUUGCUUAUUCCUGCCGGCGCUCCUGCUGCCUCUAGUGAAAACUUUACCUUGCCUACAGGAGCAAGUAAUGGACCAGUUUCACACUCCUCUGUAACAAAGACUUCCAGUAUGAAUGAAGGUAGUGUCUCUUUAACCACUGGACAGCCUGUGGAUCAGCCAGCGACAGAAUCUUGUUCAGCUUUGAAGGCAGCAGCUGAUCUUCAGCUGUCUGCACCACAAAAACCAAGUCAGCACCAAGUUGUGUUUUUGUUAUCAGAUGUAGCACAUACUAAGAAUACAGCCCAUUCCAUUAAAAAACUACCUACCUCUGCUUCAGUUGGCUGUGAUGUUCCGAGUUCAGUAGGGAACAGUGUGAAGUCAGAGAGCACUUUACUAAACCAAGUGGAGGUGGGUGAGGGUAGUGAACAUGCGUUGGCAAAAGAUGAUUGUGCCAGUGCAUUAGCAGGGAUUUCCUCAGGUACAGAUGAAUUUAGGCCCGAAAAUGAUACAAAUUGGGAUCCCCAGAAAGAGUUCAUUCAGUUUCUUAUGACGAAUGAAGAAGCGGUGGAUAAAGCCCCGGUCCAUCCCAAAGUGGCAGGUGUAGAGAAGAAGAGAAAGCGGAAAAUGGACGUCAGCAGAAUCACUCGCUACACAGAGGACUGUUUCAGUGAUGCAAAUCGUGUGCCCAGUAAGUCAAAGAUGCUACAGGUUGACUUUGUAGGGCAAAAUGAGGAGGUACAAGCAACAGACGCACAGAAAUAUGCUUUAUCAAAAGUGAAGCCCGAAUCUGCUGAUGACCUGGAGUCUGUGGACACUUUUCAGCAUCUAGUUUAUAACUCGGAUAAAUGUGGAGAAGGCAGUUCACCUGCUCACACUCACACUUUCAUAUCAAAUACCGUGAAACAGAAAUGUGAAGAGCGUGACUCCGAGUCACCCGCUCCCUUCAGUGCUGAGGAGCCAUCCUUCUACCCCUGUACAAAGUGCAAUGUGAACUUCAGGGAGAAAAAGCACCUCCACAGGCACAUGAUGUACCAUCUAGACGGCAACAGCCACUUCCGCCACCUCAACGUCCCCAGACCAUAUGCUUGUAGAGAAUGUGGACGGACGUUUCGGGAUCGCAAUUCACUGCUGAAGCAUAUGAUCAUUCAUCAGGAGAGGAGACAGAAGCUGAUGGAAGAAAUCCGGGAAUUGAAAGAGCUCCAAGAUGAAGGACGGAGCGCACGAUUGCAGUGCCCUCAGUGUGUGUUUGGUACCAAUUGCCCUAAGACGUUCGUGCAGCACGCUAAGACCCAUGAGAAGGACAAAAGGUACUAUUGCUGUGAGGAGUGUAACUUCAUGGCAGUCACGGAGAACGAGCUGGAGUGCCAUCGGGGCAUCGCCCACGGAGCCGCAGUGAAAUGUCCUGUCAUCAGUUCAGAUGCAACUCAGAGGAAAACACAGAAAAAGACUUUGGUAAAAGACUCUGUUACAGGUUCAUCCAAAAAACCAGCUACGUACCUAUGUAAAAUGUGCCCCUUUACUACUUCAGCCAGAAGUAUUCUGAAAAAGCACAUGGAGUAUUUGCAUUCCCCGUCAUGUGUUGACUCAUUUGGUAAUCCUCUUGGACUUGACAAAAGAAAAAAUGACGUCCUUGAGGAGUCUGUAGAUCUCGAUUGCACUAAGCCAUUAGUAAAACACCAGUCAGCCACGUUUCCAAAGAACUCUGCUUUAAAACAAGACGUCAAACGGACAUUUGCAUCAAGCUCACAAUCAAAUUUUUCAAAAUUUCAUAAGCGGCCACACCGAAUACAAAAAGCCCGGAAAAGUAUUGCCCAGUCUGGUGUAAACACGUGCAAUCCAAACAGCUCUCCCCACAAGGAUGUUGCGAUUAAAAGCAGCACUGACCAAAAGCCAAAGUAUCUCCAUCAAGUAGCAAAAGAAAAGUCUAAUGCCAAGGCAAAUAGUUAUUUAUAUAGACACAAGUAUGAAAACCACAGGGUGAUCAAAAAAUCAGGUGAAUCAAAUCCACUUCCUUUCAGAAAAGAGGUUAAUUCAUUAAACUCUUUACAUCUGUUUUCAUCAUCAAAUAAUUCUCAUAAUAAUUUUAUUUCAGACCCUCAUUGCCCAGAUACCAAAAGACCAGAUCACAAGCGUGUGGCUGUCAAAAGAGUAGUUAAGCCUUCCAGGAAGGAAAGUUCUGGUGGAGAAGACUUGGAUAGCUAUCCUGAUUUUCUGCAUAAAAUGACUGUUGUUGUUUUGCAAAAGCUUAAUUCUGCUGAAAAGAAAGACAGUUACGAGACGGAAGAUGACAGUUCCUGGGAUAAUGUUGAGCUAGGUGACUACACUACACAGGCCAUGGAAGAAGAAACCUACAGUGGUCUUAGUCAAGAACAUGUAAACUUAUUGCCUCUAUUUAAAAGCAAGAUGGAAAGCCAAGGUCCUGAGGAUAGUACUGCCCUCAGUUACAAUCAGGACGAGGGCUUUUAUUUUGAGUAUUAUGAAGAUGGUGGCACUGACAGCUUUUUGCGUGAGAUACAUGACCCUCAGCCUUUGGAAAAUGCAGAAGCGCCCUUGUCAAAGCACAGCUCCGUGUUUCACUGGGCCGACCUGUCCCUGGAGAAGAAGUCGUGUCCUUACUGCCCAGCCACAUUUGAAACAGGUGUUGGGCUGUCAAAUCACGUCCGAGGGCAUCUUCAUAGAGCAGGAUUAAGCUAUGAAGCCCGUCAUGUUGUAUCGCCAGAACAAAUAGCCACAAGUGACAAAAUGCAGCAUUUCAAAAGAACUGGCACAGGGACGCCUGUGAAGCGUGUUAGAAAAGCUGUAGAGAAGGCUGAGACCACUUCUGAACACACGUGUCAGCUCUGUGGUGGUUGGUUUGACACAAAGAUUGGGUUAUCAAAUCAUGUCAGAGGCCAUCUGAAAAGACUUGGGAAAACUAAGUGGGAUGCUCACAAGUCUCCAAUCUGUGUUCUGAACGAGAUGAUGCAGAACGAAGAGAAAUACGAAAAGAUUUUAAAGGCCCUGAACAAUCGUCGCAUCAUUCCCAGACCGUUUGUAGCUCAGAAAUUCACAUCAGGUGAUGACUUCCUGUCUCAGGAUGUUUUACCUCUCGAUGAAUACCGCAACGGCCUAAAGACAGAGGCUCUGUCAGUGUCUGCAUCAGAGGAAGAGCGCCUGAGCUUCCUAAACGAAUGUGACGAAACAAAACCCGAACUGCCCAGUGGAAGGAAGAGCCAGUCUCUUACACUGAUAGAACUUCUUAGAAACAAAAGGAUGGGGAACGAAAGGAAUUCCGCUCUUUCUCCUCAGAAGAUCCAUAACCAGACGGCAAGGAAGAGGUUUGUUCAGAAAUGUGUUCUUCCAUUAAACGACGACAGUCCCUUGAUGUGUCAACCACAAAAAAUGGACUUGACUGUGCACUCAGCCUUAGAUUGUAAGCAAAAGAAGUCCAGGUCAAGAUCUGGAAGCAAGAAGAAGAUGCUGACAUUGCCUCAUGGUGCUGACGAGGUCUACAUUCUCCGGUGCAGGUUUUGUGGCCUAGUCUUUCGGGGACCAUUGUCUGUUCAGGAAGACUGGAUUAAGCACUUACAACGACACAUUGUAAACGCUAAUAUUCCACGGACUGGAGCUGGCAUGGUGGAAGUCACGUCACUACUUAAAAAGCCUGCCUCCAUUACAGAAGCCUCGUUCUCUUUACUGAUGGCAGAAGCAGCUUCAUAGAACCAGGAGUCCUUUUCAGUAGCAAAUUUAAUUGGAUGUAAAUUAAAAAAAAAUUUUUUUGUAAGCCACAUCCAUUUAUAAAUGCUAAAGUAGGAGCAGUGGGGGCCGUGAAUUACAGGACAUCAGAGCAUCUGAAUACUUGAGAGAGUGAGUAGCCUAUAUAUAUAUAUUUUAUAUAGGGUGGAAUGUGUUUUUAAGGGUUACUGAGUUUCAUUGGCUGAGUUUACUCAAAGGUCUUACGUCUGAGAGCCAUUUGUAAAGUGUUGCACAUGAAUUUACAGACAGACUUACUGACAGUUAGUUCUCUGCAGUGUUACCAGAAUCAAGACUUUUUUCCCCCCACACUUAUAUAGAAGACUAAGAUUAUAUUUUGUUGGUAUGUAUUUAGUGUUUUGUAUAAUACCAGGAACUGCUAACUAAAUUUACUCAACUUAGGGCAUUAAAUAUCAUGUACUUCAUAGUUUGAGACUGUUCACCCGGUCAGGCAGAGAGCUAUCUGUCUGGAUGUGUAAGUGUUUUUUUAAAAUCACAUGGAACGGUUUUUUUUUUUUUUUUUUUUUUUUUUUAUACUAAAAAGUUGGAGGGAGAUUUGUUUAAACAAGUAUUUCUAAAAGAACUAUGUACAUAGUCCUGGAAAUUCCCUGCGGUGAGGAAGCCUUCUUCCUCCAGUUGCAUUUCUCAGACAAUGAAGUGGUGCGUCCAUGCUACCUCCUACUUUGUCAACAAAGAUGCUGUACCCUUUCCAUCUUUGUACCAUAGUAGAUUUUACAAAUCCAAUGUUCUUUAUUGCAAGACAUACUUUUGUUAACAGACUUGUUUCUUUGUAAUGUUUUACGUACAGUUUGACAUGCUUACAGGACAGGGUUGUCUCUUUAUUUAACAUUGUAGAAAUGUAAUUAAUAAACAAGGCUCACUACACAAUUUAGAAUAGACUUUCUCAUUUAUAUUAUCUUCCAGAUUUGAUCAGUUAGCAAAACUAUUAAUACACAAAAUAUUUCUACAUAUGAUGAGAAUGUUUACAAUUUCAAUCUUAGAGCUUGUUUUGGAUGUGAUUAUAUGUAUGAAAAUUGUGUAACACUAUGCUCAUGCUAAGGACCGACAUGGAAUACUGAAAUAAAUGUGCUGUGCGGAGUGGAGAAA